AUGACUGUUACAGUGAAAGAAGAGGAAGACGUUUUUGGAGAGGAGGAGGGGGAGAUGACUGUUACAGUGAAAGAAGAGGAAGACGUUUUUGGAGAGAAGGAAGAGGGGGAAAUUACUGUCACAUUGGAGGACGAAGAAGAACAGAAGACUGGAGAUCUGAUUAACACCAGUAAUUACAGAGAGAGACCAGACUCUCACUCUGACAGCAGGAAGAGUCCUUCAGGGGAACCAGACCCAGAGACGCCCAAACCAGUGAGACGACAUCACUGGUCCCAGUGUAAAAAGAGUUUUAAGUGGUUAUGGAAGCUGAAAAGUCAUGAUAGAACAGACACAGGAGGGAAGACUUCACAAUGCUCCCAGUGUGGAAAGAGUUUUACCCGGUUAGGGAACCUGAAAAGGCAUGAGAGAAUACACACAGGAGAGAAACCUUUCCAAUGUGCCCAAUGUGGAAAGAGUUUUACACGGUUAGGGAGCCUGAAAGAACAUAAAAUAAUACACACAGGAGAGAAGCCUUUCCAAUGCUCCCGGUGUGGAAAGGGCUUUAGGUGGUUAGGGAACCUGAAAAAGCAUGAGAGAACACACACGGGAGAGAAACUGUUCCAAUGCUCCCAGUGUGGAAAGAGUUUUCCACAGUUAGGGAGCUUGAAGGAGCAUGAAAGGACACACACAGGGGAGACAUCUUACCAUUGCUCCCUGUGUGGAAAGGAUUUUACCAAGCUAAGGAACCUAAUAAAACAUACAGAAUUACACACAGGAGAGAAGCCUUUCCAAUGCUCCCAGUGUGGGAAGGGAUUUACACGGUUAGGGAACCUGAAGGAUCACAAAAGAGUACACACAGGAGAGAAGCCGUUCCAAUGUUCCCAGUGUGGAAAGAGUUUUACACGGUUACGGAGCCUGAACGAACAUAAAUUAAUACACACAGGAGAGAAGCGUUUCCAAUGUUCCCAGUGUGGAAAGGGUUUUACCCUGUUAGGGAGCCUGAAAAAGCAUGAGAGAACACACACAGGAGAAAAGCCGUUCCAAUGCUCCCAUUGUGGAAAGAGUUUUACACAAUUAGGGAGCUUGAAGGUGCAUGAAAGGGCACACACAGGGGAGACAUCUUACCAUUGCUCUCUGUGUGGAAAGAAUUUUACCAAGUUAGGGAACCUAAAAAAGCAUAAACAAUUACACACAGGAGAGAAACCUUUCCAAUGCUCCCAGUGUGGGAAGGGUUUUACACGGCUAGGGAACCUGAAGGAUCAUAAAAGAGUACACACAGGAGAGAAGCCGUUCCAAUGUUCGCAGUGUGGAAAGAAUUUUACAUGGUUAGGAAACCUGAAAAAGCAUGAGAGAACACACACAGGAGAGAAGCCGUUCCAAUGCUCCAAGUGUGGAAAUAGUUUUAAAAGGUUAGGGAGCCUGAAGGAGCAUGAAAGGACACACACAUGGGAGACAGCUUACCAUUGCUCUAUGUGUGGAAAGAAUUUUACCAAGUUAGGGAACCUAAACAAACAUGAAAAAUUACACACAGGAAAGAAGACUUUCCAAUGCACCCAGUGUGGAAAGGGCUUUACACGGCUAGGGAAUCUGAAGGACCAUAAAAGAACACACACAAGAGAGAAGCCUUUCCAAUGCUCCCAGUGUGGAAAGGGUUUUACCCAGAUAGGGAACCUGAAAAGGCAUGAGAAAAUACACACAGGAGAGAAGUCUUUCCAUUGUCCCCAGUGUGGAAAGGAUUUUACCCAGUUGGUGAACCUGAAAAGGCAUGAGAGAACACACACAGUUUUAACAACGACCCCAGGAGUUGGAAACAGUUCGAAGAACAGAACAGAAAACCGCGUGAGAACAAAAACAAUGAAGAAACAGAAACCGAACCGGGAAAGCAAGUGAUCCGUUUUGAAACCUUUAUUUUCAAAGUAAAGUAUUAAUCACGUUGUUUUACAGUAACUGUCCAGUGAAACUCUUCUUUAAAACGUUAACAUUCUGUUCACUCAUCCACAUAAUGUUGGACAUGCUAUACUCAUAUUUGUGGCCAAAGUGUAAAUUGACACUUCAAAAACCGUCAAACAGACUGUUUAAAAAAAAAACUAUUUCCUCAUAGAACACGUUACCUCCCUGCGGAGGAUGAGCUGGCCAAUCUGUUGUUGGGGUACGACCCACACCAUUCUGUUGUUGGGGUACGACCCACACCAUUC